UCACUCCUCUGCGAGAGUUCCUCGUCCCUCGACUACUUAUACCUCCCUCUUCUCCCCCCCUCCUGAUCUUGUCCCCUCUCCUCUUCAUCAACAGUCCCAUCUUACAAAACAUCUUCAAAGCUUUUGACAUCAGCACCAUAUCUUUUUCUCUUCAUAUCUUUUCCCAUUCUGUCAUAUUCUUUUUCUUAUUGUGGCAUUAUCCUCCAGCGAUCAUCGGACCUGAUGUGCCCACACCCAGCGGAACCCUCCUCACGGGAACCCUCCUCACUAAAACCCUCCUCAAUGGAGACCCUCCCGACACCACUCCCUAGCCAGGCUCCGGAAACACCAUCCUCCUCAACCCAUCAACCCAAGUCUGAGCCCCUCGACACGCCUCAACAGCCGCAGAUCGUGCCAGCCUUCCCGGUCAAGACCAAGUGCGUCAAAUGCGGUUCCCUGGACGCCUUGCCCUUACGAGCACUGUUUCGCUUGGCCGAGGGCGCUGAGGACGGGAGAAGACAGAUGCUCAAGAUGAUUGUGAAAGGCACCAGCCUCCGUGACACACCAUUGUGCUCUGGCUGUUUCAUGCACGCCAAGGGUUGCUACGCCUUUCGAAUGCGUCUCCACAUGAUGAGAUUCUUGAUGUGGUCAACGAGGAUGAAUGGAGAUGCCAUCCAAGCAGAAGAGCGUGCUGGGUGCUUCGAAACUGAGCUCGUGAGGCACCUGACAAGGUUGAAGGAUGCGGACGAGCUGAUCGAUUACGUUCAUGGCAUGGAAAAGCCUUAUGUUGGAACUCUGCGAGCGCCCGCUUCUCCUGAUUUUGGGCAAGAGGUCCGGGACCAUAUGCCAGACUUUGACCUCACUGCCCAUGAACGCUUCACCGGUUCCGAGGCCGAUCUCUUCUUCGAUAGCCACACCUACGAGGAAAAUCGAGAACGGCUGGUCAGAGAACGCGGCCCCCGACCGUCUUCCCGUCCACCACCGAAGGAUUAUCCCGUGCAGCUCACCGACCUCCUUGCUCUCAAGGAAGCGAGUGAGAACUACAUGUGGGCCCUGGGCAGAACGGCAGAUGGGAGUCAGCAGCGGCGUCGAAUCACGCAACUCCUGAACCGGCUACUUGACGACUUCAUGCGACUUCCUCCCAUUCUCCAUUCACAAGGAUUGGCGGCGACAAAUGCCGCAGUGUCAAAUCCGACACCUGUCUAUUGCAGAAUCUGCGAGUGGUGCCGGCAUUGUCUCGCCCUACUUGCAUCUCACGGGUUGGCCUCCUCUUGAUUGGGAGUCCCUACUUCUAAUAAGCACUGUCCGGCAUCUGUCAAGUCUACAUCAGCUGGGCUAUCUGUUUUGGCAUGGCGAAGUCGUUUCCUCCUCAUCUUGACUUCACUCUUGGGUGUUGCCACAGGGGCAGGGACCAUGCUCACACCCGAUCCCACCGUGAGAAGCUGUGUGUCUGAGGAGGAUAAGGACAUCAAGGAUGUCGCCAUGCAGCUCA